AAAUUGUUGACAAACUGUAGUGUGUGAGGGGCACCAGAAGAAGCAUCUCGCCUCCCGUUCGCACAGUGCACAGUUCUCCCGCCGUUUCUCUGUGAAGAGCUGCCCGGCCUCCCCUCAGCAGUAGCAGCCGUCGCCCUGGUGAGCUCCGCAUGCUGCGCCUCCUCACGACAUACUGCAGGGCUCCCACAUCACACGUCUGGAGACUGCAACAGCCUGCGCUUCCCCAACACACUAAUCACCAAACUAGGAAGGUCAUUUUCCACCCCCCUCUCAAAUCGAUCAAGAGACAGCCUCGUCGACGCAACUUCCCGCCCAUUUUGUUGCCUAGGCGCCGCCCACUGGCUGGGCAGUGCCUGCUUGAGACAGCUCUGGAUCCGGAGGUGCUGACGCCCGAUGGGUGAAGAGCUGGUGAUUGUGCCCCUCACCAACCCACAGGAUUCCCCGCACCCAGAGGCCAGAUAGCUCCUUUGAGUGUCCCCCCACUCUGCCCCCCUAGCCGAGCGGUUCGGUGCGCCGCGGUCCCACUGCUCGGGCAUUUACGUACCUGCUGUCCUGUAUUUGGAGUAUUCAAGAACACCAGGACAAGCUAGUAGGUGACCAAGUAACAUGUAAAUUCUGCUCUCAUUAAUCGCAAAGCAUUCAUUGGAUGUUUAUGAAAACAGAGUGGUAUAGAUUCCAAGGGAUUGCAAAAGGAAGACAUCACAUAAAACACAGAAACUAAAGAAGAAUAUAAAAAAAGCAAUUAAGCCUGAAAGAAGAAGCCUGAAACCUACUAAGAGAUUUUUUGAAUGGUGCAUGGACUGCUGAGAGUGCAGUAACCUCUUCAAAAUGGCAAACAAUUCCACAGAUCAUCAUCCUAAUUCUGUCAAUGACAGCAACUAUGAAGGGGACUUUGGGUGCAGUGUGCAGGAACUGCGGGACCUUAUGGAGUUGCGGAGUGGGGAGGCAGUGACUCGCAUAAGGGACAACUAUGGUGAUGUACCCAGCAUCUGCAGAAGAUUAAAGACCUCUCCAGUAGAAGGUUUGUCGGGAAAUCUUGCAGACCUGGAGAAGAGAAGACAAACAUUUGGAAAAAAUUUCAUUCCCCCAAAGAAAGCCAAAACAUUCUUGCAACUUGUAUGGGAGGCAUUGCAAGAUGUAACCUUAAUCAUCCUGGAAAUUGCAGCCAUAAUAUCUCUUGGCCUAUCCUUUUACCAUCCUCCAGGUGGAACUAAUGAAGCAUGUGGAGAAGUAGGAGGAGUGGAGGAUGAAGGAGAAGCACAAGCCGGUUGGAUCGAGGGAGCAGCCAUCUUGUUCUCAGUUAUCAUUGUAGUUUUGGUAACAGCAUUCAAUGACUGGAGCAAAGAGAAGCAGUUUCGUGGCCUUCAGAGUCGAAUUGAGCAGGAGCAGAAAUUCACUGUUAUCAGAAAAGGACAAGUCAUCCAGAUUUCUGUGGCAGAACUGGUUGUGGGAGAUAUUGCACAAAUUAAAUAUGGGGAUCUUCUUCCUGCAGAUGGCAUCUUGAUCCAGGGUAAUGACCUGAAAAUUGAUGAAAGCUCUCUAACAGGAGAAAGUGAUCAUGUGAAAAAAUCUCUUGAAAAGGAUCCCAUGCUACUGUCUGGCACACAUGUGAUGGAAGGGUCCGGACGUAUGGUUGUUACAGCUGUUGGCGUCAACUCUCAGACUGGCAUAAUUUUUACACUUUUGGGAGCAAACGAAGGAGGAGAGGAAGAGAAAAAGUCAAAGAAAGGUAAAAAACAAGGACCUCCAGAAAAUCGCAACAAAGCAAAAGCUCAAGAUGGUGUGGCCUUGGAGAUACAACCUCUAAAAAGUGAGGAAGGUGUGGAAAGUGAAGAAAAAGAAAAGAAAGUUGUCAAAGUUCCGAAGAAGGAGAAGUCUGUCCUACAAGGGAAGCUUACCAGGCUAGCUGUGCAGAUUGGAAAAGCAGGUCUUAUUAUGUCUGCCAUCACUGUGAUCAUUCUGGUGCUGUACUUUGUCAUUUACACCUUCGGAGUAUUGGGACGUCCUUGGCUUGCAGAGUGUACCCCUAUCUAUGUUCAGUACUUUGUAAAAUUUUUUAUAAUUGGCGUCACAGUGCUGGUUGUGGCCGUUCCUGAAGGGCUACCGCUUGCAGUUACUAUAUCACUUGCAUACUCUGUGAAGAAAAUGAUGAAAGAUAAUAACCUUGUACGUCACUUGGAUGCAUGUGAAACCAUGGGCAAUGCUACAGCUAUAUGUUCUGACAAGACAGGCACCUUAACUAUGAAUCGUAUGACAGUGGUUCAAGCAUAUGUGUGUGGCACCUACUAUAGACAAAUUCCUGACCCUGAAGCACUUAACCCAAAAAUAUUAGACCUGUUGGUCAAUGGAAUAUCCAUUAACUCUGCAUAUACAUCUAAAAUCUUGCCCCCAGAAAAAGAAGGUGGUCUUCCAAGACAAGUCGGUAAUAAAACUGAAUGUUCUCUGCUAGGAUUUGUUUUGGACCUGAAACAGGAUUACCAAGCUGUUCGUAAUGAGAUUCCUGAAGAAAAACUCUACAAAGUGUACACUUUCAAUUCAGUGCGCAAGUCCAUGAGCACAGUACUCAGUGAAUCUGGAGGUGGUUUCCGCUUGUACAGCAAAGGAGCCUCUGAAAUCCUUUUACGCAAAUGUACUAAAAUUUUGGAUCAAGGUGGCGAGGUUUGUCCUUUUAAAACCAGAGAUCGGGAUGAGAUGAUAAAAAAGAUCAUUGAGCCAAUGGCAUGUGAGGGUCUUCGUACUAUUUGUCUGGCAUAUCGUGACUUCCCAGCAGGCACUGAACCUGAUUGGGAUAAUGAAGCAGACAUCGUGUCGGACCUUACUUGUAUUGCUGUGGUGGGCAUUGAAGACCCUGUUCGUCCAGAGGUGCCAGAGGCUAUUCAGAAGUGCCAGAGAGCAGGGAUCACUGUACGCAUGGUUACUGGUGACAAUAUAAACACAGCUCGUGCCAUUGCUACAAAGUGUGGCAUUCUGCAACCUGGGGAAGAUUUUCUGUGCCUAGAGGGAAAAGAGUUUAACACACUGAUCCGAAAUGAAAAGGGGGAGGUAGAACAAGAAAAGUUGGACAACGUUUGGCCAAGGCUUCGUGUGCUGGCACGAUCAUCUCCUACAGACAAGCAUACACUGGUAAAAGGUAUUAUUGACAGCACAGUAACAGAACGAAGACAAGUGGUAGCCGUCACAGGUGAUGGAACUAAUGAUGGACCAGCUUUAAAGAAAGCAGACGUGGGAUUUGCUAUGGGUAUAGCUGGUACAGAUGUUGCAAAGGAAGCAUCAGACAUUAUCCUGACAGAUGAUAACUUUACCAGCAUUGUAAAGGCAGUAAUGUGGGGCCGCAAUGUUUAUGAUAGUAUCUCCAAGUUUCUUCAGUUCCAGCUUACUGUUAAUGUGGUUGCUGUUAUUGUUGCAUUCACUGGAGCGUGCAUCACUCAAGAUUCUCCACUAAAAGCUGUGCAGAUGCUUUGGGUUAACUUGAUCAUGGAUACAUUUGCAUCCCUUGCACUUGCCACUGAGCCUCCAACAGAAUCGCUACUUCUGCGUAAACCAUAUGGUCGAAACAAGCCACUCAUCUCACGUACUAUGAUGAAAAACAUUCUGGGACAUGCUGUCUACCAACUGACUAUCAUCUUUACUCUGCUUUUUGCAGGUCAGUAUUGUGUUCAGUAUGCAGAAAGUUAUAUGGACGUAGUUUAUACAUUCCAGACGGGCGGUACCUCUUUACAAGGGGCUCUGAGGCGCCAGCCUUCCACCAUUAGCCAGCACCUCGAUGCUAAACAUGUCUCUAGCCCAACACAUGUAGCUCUGUCCUCUGCUACCUCUCCCCCAGCCACCUCUUCUGCUGCUACUUCUGUGGGCAGUGGCAGACUGCUUUUUUUGAUCAAAAAGACUAACUAUAGUACGAAGGGAGGGAUUAAGGUGGUUAAUGCGUUCCGCAGCUCCCUGUAUGAGGGACUUGAAAAGCCACAGACCCGCAGUGCCAUCCAUAGCUUCUCAACCCUUCCGGAGUUCACACCACAGGAGACAAGGCAUGAUCCCCAGCUAACAGACAGCGACAGCGAGGGCGAGGAAUCGCAGGGUCUUCUGAAAGAAUAUACUGUACAGACGCACAAUCACAAUAACAACUCCUCUGCUGACUCGCGCCCAUUGGACAUCACAGUGUCUGAAAGCCCAGUGCACAGUAUGGAGACCUCUAUUUAACAUGAAAUGAAAGCCCAAUUCAGCUGGGAAUCUGGAUGAGGUCACAGCUCCUACCCUUGCUGUCCUGUCCUUUCACUACCCUUUACCCCACAAGCACACAACUACCCAUUUUCAUCUCAUUGAGGCACACAUACCAUGUGAUAAACACUAAUCCAUACUAGGUCUAUUUAGCCAAAAAGUAAUGGUCAGCAUUACAUCAAUUAAGUAUUUAUAGAGCCAUACCUACACUGAACCUAAUGUAUCAAAUAUAUUAGAGAAAAUAUGUACUUUUUGCCCAUAGCAGCCAACAGGAUUCAGAUUUUAUUAUUUUAACACUGGAAAAUGAAACAUAGACUCUGAAUUGGUGCAACAAGUAAAUUAUUUCUUUCAGAUGGUUCAAUAUGAGCACCAUUGUGUCUAUAAGCAUCUGCCAAACACAUACCCAUAAAACCGUAGGCAGUCUAUAUAUACAUAUAGAUUCCUGCACCUCAGCUAUGCUAACAUUCUUAUAAACACAUGACUGCAAAUAAUUUGUUAUUGAAAGCUUUAUCAUCUACUUACUCCCAUGGUUUUAGUAAUUCUAACUAUACAUUAGGCCUGUUUUCUCAUGUGCACCAUUGAUUUGUGAUCAUUGUGUAACCAUUUAAAAAGAAAUGUAUUUAUUUAAUACAUGUUAUGUCUUAAACACAUACUCAAUAUAUUCACACAUUGCAAAGCUAUAUAUCAUUCAUCUAAAUUAGUUUUUAUGUUUUAACAAGAAUUUGGUCAUAUAUCCAACUUCACAUCUAUUUACACAGGCGCUUGGUAAUGUGGUCAUAGACACAGCGCAUGUGAGUUUACGCUUUUUACUCCCUCUGUUUCCCUUAGUCUUGUGUGUUUGCAUGUUUAAUGACAUGUACCCUGUCCUGUUGCCCCCUUAUAUCCUAUAUACUCUGCUUGUUGUUCUCCUUCCCAAUAUGUUCUGUCUUUACCUAAAGGUGCCACUGAAAAAGGGUGCUGGUCUUAGGAUUCUAUUCCAACCAAAGUGCGCCAUCCCUUAUUGCUUCACCCAGGCACAGCACCCAAUGCACCUGUCUUCCAUCUGUAGGACUGCAUUACCCCACAGCUUCUCUACCCCUAGACUGUCUGUGAAGCUGUGAACAUUUGCAGCAUGCCAACUGCCGGAUAUCUCCCAGUACCAAGGAGUAAAAACUGUGCCAUUCUGCCAGUUUAGCUGGUGUUUUUUAACCCCUGAAGUUCUGAUCCUUAAACCUGGAGGUCAUCAAACUCCAGGCAGAGGGUUCCAAUGUGUGUUAUUGUAAGUGGGGCUACACUGCCAUGGAAAAAGUGUUUGUGUAAUUAAGGUACUUGGACAGAUAAGGGAUAUACAUAUACAAACACACUAACAUUGGUACGUUUACAAUCACUGUUCUUGAAUGAGGGCUAAUGAAUUUGUGGGGAAGUUUUGCACUGCAACUGACCUUGUUCUGCUUAAAAAUUGAAGUUAUGAUUGGGCACA